AUGAAUCAACAAAUAACAGAUCUAUUUGAAUAUCUAAAUAAAAGAGAUGAAUGUCCAACUGAUAAUGAAUAUGAUGGUCAAUUAUUUGGUGCAAGAAUUUCUUCCAUAUUUGUAAUUAUGGCAACUUCAGCAUUUGGUACUUUAUUUCCUUUAUUAUCUUCAAAAUAUUCAUUUAUAAGAUUACCAAGUUGGUGUUUUUUUGGUGCUAAAUAUUUUGGUUCAGGAGUUAUUGUAGCUACUGCAUUUAUUCAUUUAUUAGAACCUGCUUCUGAUGCAUUAAGUGAUCCUUGUUUAACUGGUCCAAUAACUGAUUAUCCUUGGGCUUUUGGUAUAUGUUUAAUGACUUUAAUGAUUUUAUUCUUUUUUGAAUUAGUUGCUUAUCAAUAUAUUGAUAGAAAAAUUGCAAAAUUUAAUGGUAAUAAUGAAGAUUUUGAAUUAGGUGGUGGUGGUGGUGGUCAUUCACAUUCACAUUUUGGUGAUGAAUCAAUGUAUGUUAAAAAGGAUAUUAAAAAGGAUGAAGUUGAAAAUGAACAUGAUUUAGAUGAUGAUGAAGAAGAAUUAGAAGAAUCUAAACAAAAAUUAACAACUUCAAAAGAAAAUAAUCCAUACCCAUCACAUUUUCAACAUGCAUUAGAACAUCAAGAUCAUGAAUUAAUUGGAACACCAGUAAAUGAUAAGAAUAAAGAACAAUAUUAUGGACAAUUAUUAAAUGUAUUUGUUUUAGAAUUUGGAGUUAUAUUCCAUUCAAUAUUUAUUGGUUUAGCAUUAGCUGUCGCAGGAGAUGAAUUUAAAUCACUUUAUAUUGUUUUAGUAUUUCAUCAAAUGUUUGAAGGUUUAGGUUUAGGUACAAGAAUAGCAAGUACAGAUUGGACAGGUUAUAGAUGGACUCCAUGGUUAUUAGCUUUUGCUUAUACUUUAUGUACUCCAAUUGCUAUUGCUAUAGGUUUAGGAGUUAGACAUUCUUAUCCUCCAGGAUCAAGAAAAUCUUUAAUUACUAAUGGUGUAUUUGAUUCUAUAUCUGCAGGUAUAUUAGUAUAUACUGGUAUUGUUGAAUUAAUGGCUCAUGAAUUCUUAUAUAGUGGAGAAUUUAAAGGUAAAGAUGGGUUUAAAAAAAUGUUGAUUGCUUAUUUUAUAAUGUGUUGGGGUGCUGGAUUAAUGGCAUUAUUAGGUAAAUGGGCAUAA